AUGUCUACACUAGGAGGGUUUACAGGUAGACCUAUACCAACAAACCUCUUAGGUGAAGAGAAGGAGGAUCUUCGGAUAGAUGGCCGUGGCUGUGAAGACUAUAGAUGUAUUGAAGUGGAAACAGAUGUAGUAUCAAACACAAGUGGAUCUGCAAGAGUGAAGCUUGGACAUACGGACAUCCUGGUAGGAGUCAAAGCUGAAAUGGGAACACCGAAGUUGGAGAAUCCAAAGGAAGGCUACCUUGAAUUCUUUGUUGACUGUUCAGCAAAUGCCACUCCUGAAUUUGAAGGCCGGGGAGGAGAAGAGCUUGCCACAGAGAUAGUAAAUACGCUCUACAGAAUAUUUAGCAAUGAAAGCACCAUAGACGUGAAAUCCCUUUGUAUUAAUCCCAGAGAGCACUGCUGGGUUCUCUAUGUUGAUGUUUUGUUAUUGGAAUGUGGUGGCAACCUCUUCGAUGCAAUCUCUAUUGCAGUGAAGGCAGCUCUCUUUAAUACGAGGAUACCCAAAGUGCGUGUUUUGGAGGAUGAAGAAGGAUCAAAAGAGAUUGAGCUCUCUGAUGACCCUUAUGACUGUAUUCGACUUAAUGUGGAGAAUGUACCCUGUAUCAUCACAUUAAGCAAAAUUGGUUGUAGGCAUGUAGUUGAUGCUACCCUUCAGGAAGAAGCUUGCUCUUUGGCCAGCCUGCUGCUUUCUGUGACCAGCAGAGGUACCCUUACGUGUAUGAAGAAAUUGGGGAACGGUAGUCUUGAUCCAGAGAGUAUCUUUGAGAUGAUGGAGACAGGAAAACGGGUAGGCAAAAUGUUGCACACUUCCCUACAGAAGAUCUUAGACAAAGAAGAGAGUCUGGGGACAACACGACAGAAGGGGAGAGUCAGGAGGACAAAUUUAGCCUGUCACUGCAAUGGAUGCAACUUCUUCCAGCAGAUCUUUAUGGCUCUGCUGUUCUCACACACCCUGCAGAGAUUUGGCUCUCCUACCAACUUCUGUUUUUGA